UUAUGAAAUCCUCUCUACACUGCCACAUUUGUGGGCAGAAGAAUGUAAUUGAUAUAAUUGAUAAAAAAUAGGAACAAAAUCAAUUAUAAAAUUACAGAAUGAACUAAGCAAACGUGAAAUAAUACAGUAGUAGCAGUUGAGACGGAAUCUAUGUAACGUUGUGAGUUGGGCUCGUCUUGUCAACAUAUUUUAGUUGAUAAGAGAUGUCAGAAAUAUUUAGUAAAUAAAAGAGAGAUUUAUAUUCACGUGCGAACGCACAUAUCUCCAAACUAGUAUAUAGUCCUAAAUAAGAGAGGUUUAUAUCAGUAAAUUAUUAUUUGCUCCAUGAGUGGCCAUAGGGAAGAGUAUCAACCAACAUGGGCCAUGGCCACCACCCUUUGCUAUGGUCUUCUAUUUUAUUCCUUCCCACCACCCCAGGUGUUGUCGCACAAAAAGAGAAAAGAGAACUGAAGUGUCUUAUGGUUCUGUAUUGUUUUUGAAUAACUCGGAUUAGCAAUGGAAAGUAAGAAUGGUGGAGAAGGGAAGACAAUGUGUAACAGGGGCAUCUGGUUUCAUAGCUUCAUGGAUGGUCAAGUUAUUGCUACACCGUCAACGCCACUGUUCGCAAUCUCACAAUGGUACAAUCUGUCGAAGACCCUGGCUGAAGAAGCUGCGUGGGAAUUUGCAAAACAGAAUGGGAUUGAUUUGAUUACCCUUCAUCCAGUUGUAGUCAUUGGUCCAUUUCUGCAGCCUACCCUCCGAGGCUGUGCUCAACUUCAUAAGACAAGCUUUGAAGAAAACGGAUUUCCAAAUAUCGGGGGAACGAGCAAAAACUAUAGGCGUCAAAUACUUGAAUUUAGCGUGAAGGACUCUGUUGAAAGCUUAGUCCAGAAGAACUUCCUCAAAAUCUUACCCCAAAACUAGUCCUUCGGAUUUGUUGUUCUUGUAAUAGUGUUUGAGGCUUAAAGUAGAACCUUUUCGUCCUCCAAUAAGUGUGUCAGUACAAAAGCUCUGUUAUGUAUCAGCGCAAUGAUUUAUUCCUGUAUUAAAAACGAUGAUUAUCACCUAGCGCUAUCUUUUUGGGUCUUUUUUUAGUGUGUCCUAAAAGGAUUGAUACGCACGUUCAUACGUUUGAAACUCGCAUAAUAAUGAACAUUUUACCUUUAAGGAUGCUAAAGAAAUACACAUUUAUAACAAGUUCUAGAGGGCAAUUAUACCCCUCAACUUGGUAAUUUAGAGCACAUAUACCCCCCUCAAUUUUUUUUUAUGAAGGAAUGAUUUCACAGCAAAAUUCAUAAAAUUGAUAAGAAAAUCUAAGAGCACAUAUGGCAUAUGUAAACCCCUUGUACCACAAGGCAAAAUACCAACCAGACACAUGCCAUUCACAAGAGUUGAGCAUUUUCCUUCAAGUUGAUUUAACAUGUCAAACUU